GACUGACAGGCUGAGAGUCCCAGCAUCCUACUCAGCUGGGCCGCUCCCGAGCUCUCGAGGGGAGCUCCCCGGCCUCCCUCGUUCUGGAGUUCUGCUCUUGCUACUGGCCGGGGAGGGCAAAGGGUUUCUGCUCAAAUAUCUGUUCAGAAACAGCCCCACCCCGUCCUCUCACCCACAGGGUCCUGCCGCCCCUUGAAAUCCCCUAACUGGGACAAGGAACUUUCGGGGACCAAGGUCCGUACCCUCUCUCCCGCCUCCCACGGAAACAGCCCAAUAGGCCACCACCACCACCUGACCCGAGCAGCCGCGGAUGACAACCGCGCCGCGCCCAUGCUUCUGAGCCAGGAUCCACCUCGGCUCCUGCUGGCACUGGGAAGCCCACCCACCCUCUGCACUAACCUGGCCGCCUCGGCUUGUCCCGGAUUCCCACGCCCGCCCGGCUCCACUGGAUUCGCGCUGCUUCCGGGUGUGCGCGGAGCGCAGGGGCGGCGCCCCAGUCCGAGCCGCCCCUUCUGUCCCGGCGUCCCGCCCCUCGGGCUCCCCGCGGUUCCUUCCCACCACUGUCCAUCGCCGCCAGUCCCCAGUCUCUGGGCAAAACCCACCUGGUCCGCUGAGCAGCGGAACCCCCACCCUGCGCCCGGCCAUGGCGGAGCCUGGAGAACAACUGCCGGAGGAGGUGCUGGCACUCAUUUUCCGUCACCUGCCCCUGCGGGACCGCGCCGCUGCCGCGAGGGUUUGCAGAACUUGGGCUGCCGCUGCCACCUGCAGCACUGUGUGGCACAACACGAACAUCAGUUGCGACUGUGAGCUAGAAGGCAUGCAGCCGCAGUACCUGUCCGCUUGCCUGGACCACGUUCAGAAUCUACGUCUGGAAUUUGUGCCGUCCAGGGAGCCGAGCCGCCUGGCGGCCAUAGAGUUGCUGACCGCACUGGCUGGCCGUAACCCCGAGCUGCGAGGCCUGUGCCUGGAGUGCCGCGGAGAAAAGCGGCUCUUCGACUCGGGUCGCGACGUUCUGGACGCCGUGCACGCCCUCUGUAGGGCCGCCCGCGCGCUGCGCCACCUCGACCUAAGGCGCUUGCCCUUCACACUGGACGACGCGCUGGUGCUGCAGGUGGCACACAGCUGCCCGGAGCUCUGCAGCCUUUUCCUGGAUAACAGUACGCUGGUGGGCAGCGUGGGGCCAGGCUCCGUGCUGGAGCUACUAGAGGCCUGCCCCUGCCUGCGCGCCCUCGGCCUGCACCUGGCCAGCCUGUCGCGCACCGCGCUCGAGGCACUGGCGGCGCCAGACCGCGCACCUUUUGAGCUCCUGGCCCUGCGGUGCGCAUGUCCCGAAGACGCACGCGCGUCGCCCCUGCCUAACGAAGCCUGGGCCGAGCUCAGCCGCCGCCACCCUGGACUGGCCGUAGAGCUGGAGCUGGAGCCGGCUCUGCCUGCCGAGAGCGUGACACGCGUCCUGCAGCCUGCUGUGCCCGUGGCUGCGCUGCGCCUCAGCCUCUCUGGGGACACCGUAGGCCCGGUGCGCUUCGCAGCGUGCCACUACGCCGCAACCUUGCGCGCGCUCGAGGUGCGCGCUGCCGCCUCUGCCGAGCUGGACGCCGCGCUGGAGGAGCUGGCAGAGCGCUGCGUGGGCCUGCGCGAAGUGCACUGCUUCUGCGUGGUGCGACCCUCCGUGCUGCAUGCCUUCCGCACGCACUGCCCGCGCCUGCGCAGCUACACGCUCAAGCUGACGCGGGAGCCGCAUCCCUGGCGGCCCACGCUUGUGGCGUGAGGCGACAAACCCUCUUUCCCCUCCCUGCGGACGUGUGGCCUCUGAGAUGCUGCGUGGGUUUGCCUCGGGGCGCGUCAGCUGCUAGUCCGCUCCUUUAGGACUCUGUUGUCUCUUGUCCCUCUCGAGGAUUGGGGGCUGUGGGAUGGCGUCAGUACCAGCCCGGAGCAACCUGAGUCCACGCGUUGCUGUCAACAUCUGCAGACACCCACUGUCCCCGCCAUACGGGGCUCACCCUCCUCUAACCCCAGUCCUCUGCAAACUUGCUCGGCGGCCCCGGCGUGGGAGGAGGGAGGGCACUGGUUCAAAGCAUGCCUCAGGGUUGAGUGUGAAAUAAAUCGAGCAGUACCUCU